AUGCCGGACCAGGCUACCGAUCGGACAGACACCAAGGAUAUCAAGACGAAGACGGAAAUAGGACUGGCACAAAGGAUAUCGACCCGAAAACGGGAAAUCCGAACUGUCAAACGCAGAUCAAACUUGAUCCCGGCGAAGGAUUCGAUGUACAACCCCCGAUCCAUCCGACCGAGGGCGUCGAACUACGAGAUCGGAUCAGCAGCGACCACCCCACAUGAUGCCGAGGACGAUGAUGAGAUAUAUUACCAUGAGAGUGGUGAUCUCUCAGCUGAAGAAGGAAACCUAGCCGUCCUCCCCGAAAUUCCGAUCUCGACGACCGCGAAGGUCAGUAUCGAGGAUCUGGAGGUGGGAGACUCCGAAUCGGCCACACCCGAGGAGAUCGAGAAGCUCCGGCAGUUCAUUUGGAGAAAGCAACACCUCCUGAUCGACAAAGGGAACGCCCUACCUCCGGCGGCCAGGGGCGUCGAGUGCGACAUCGAUUGCCCACGCGAUUUCGAGAACGAAAAACUCGCAGGCCUGAUCAAGGGCCUCCUAGCAGCCGAGAUCAUCCGACCCUCGACAUCGCCAUGGGCCUCACAGAUCGUGAUUGUCCGCAAGCGUAAUGGUGUGGAUAUAAGGUUAUGCAUCGACUACAAGCUGGUAAACAGCCUCACGAGGUUGAUGGUCUACCCUAUGCCCCUGAUCAGCGAUCUGGUAGAGAACAUUGACAAGGAAUUAUGGUAUUGCUCGCUGGAUAUGACCAGUGGCUUCUGGGUCAUGGCGACGAUGGAUUGA